UAAGAGUACAGGUACUAGGUUUAAUUAUGUCAUGAAUAAACAGUACAGACACGGUCCAAAAGCUAAAAAACAGUCAAACCCCCAUGCAUAAGCUUUGUGGAUCCAAUUCCAUUGUUCCAAUAUUUACCAAACGCUCCUCUCUCUCUCUCUCUCUGUUGUUAUUUAUGAGAUUUUAAAAAUCGGUCCACGAGGCCUCCUACUCUGUACUCUUCCAUGGAACGCACCGCUCCAUCUCCUUCCCUCUCGACCCAAGACCCGACCCCGACUAAUCAUUCAAAUCCAACUGUGGAGAAUGAUUGUUACCCAAAAACCAUCAACAAGAGGAAGAAAAAAGGAGUCUUUAAAGACACAGCCAUGACACCGCCCCCAUCACAGCCAACCUCUUCUUCUUCUUCUUCUUCUUCUUCUUCUUCUUCUUCUGUGAAUAAAAGUCCGCGCGUGUCACACAAACGCAGAAGCCCUAAGGUGGUUUUUGCUCCGGUUAGGCGCAGGCGUGGUAUAGGGGAUGAUGGUGUGGAGGCUAUUGCAUUACCUCUUGGAAUGUCUUUUGCUGCUGUUGUUGCUCAGGUUCUGGAGAGGAAAGAUGCUGCAGGUGAAAGGAUGUCUGUUGAUCAUCUUUCAAUGAUCUGCUCUUCAGCUGUCAGAGAAUCUUUAGCCAGUGUCUUUGGUAACAAAUUUGAUUUCUUCGCAAGGAAUUUUCAGAAAUCAUUUGGGAGCACAUUGAGCACUCUUAGAUUGAUUAAUGAAUCGUCUAUCAACUGUGGACCGCAUACUUUAAUUCACCAGAACCUAGAAAUAUCUGCUUCAAACAGGACUCUCAAUAAAAGAGAUGGCUGUACAAAUAGUGCCUGUAUGAAAGACUCUGAUUCAGAAACAGACUUGCCCAAUAAUUCAACUGAGGGUCAAACCCAUAAACCUGAGCAGGUAGAAGAGAACAUAUCAGUGGGUUGCUUGGGUCAAGAACUUGUCCUGCACGGGGCAGCCAGCCAGCUGGCUUGUGCUCCUAGUUCAUACCCUUUAAUUAACAUGUAUAACAAUAUUGAGAAAUCUGUUGUGGAGCAAGUCCGUUCUAAUGACCUGAAGGCAUUGGAGAUUGGUGUUGCAAUGAAAAGAUUGAAGUUGGAUGAGGAAUUGUUGAAUCUCACCUCAGAAUCAAACUAUCUGGAGAGAUCAAAAUUAGUAAUGGGCAUGUCAAAGGCAUCCUUUAAAGCUGACAAGUUCAAGACUCAAUUAGAAGACACAAGGCAUGCUGAGCUGCAUAGAAAUUGCGUUGACUGUCUUGUUGCUGGUUUGUUCAUCAUGUCAGCCUCACUUUCAUACAGUACAUAUGUUUAUUCAUACAGAAGGAUCAAAGAAGCUACUGCAUCCUGCUCUCAGUUACACAAGGAGUCCAAAUUCGGUUGGUUUGUCAGGCCUUUUUCAUCCUUUAAUUCCUGGCUGCAGAUACUGAUAUGUCAAGUUCAAGUUGUGAGCCAAAUGGCGUUUGGAAUCCUAAUUAUUCUUGCAGUUGCUUUUUUGCUUGUACAACGGUCCUCGAGUUCACACCGGACAAUGCCAAUAACUUUCAUUCUGCUACUGUUGGGAGCUGUCUGUGGUUUUACUGGCAAACUUUGUGUCGAUACACUGGGAGGGAGUGGAUCACUCUGGCUUCUGUAUUGGGAAGCUUUAUGCUCGCUGCAGUUCUUCUCAAAUGUAUUCACACCAACUUUGUUCCGUAUACUUCAUGGCCCCGUCGUUGCAAUCUCCCAAGGGACAAAACCCAACACAAUAUUUCCAUAUUGGCUCCGGAAAUUACUUUUCUACGCUACCUCCAUCUUGUUUUUACCAUUGUGCUGUGGUCUUUUGCCAUUUGCUGGCCCAGGUGAAUGGACAAAUCAUUUUUCUGUUAAAACCGAACAUGACGUGUCCCAAAACGGGUGAUUGAGGCUCCCAUUCAUAUCGCAACCGGUCAAGCUCCUGUCUAUUUGUAUGUCAUGUACUUGUACUGUACACCAAGCUGCCUAAGUGUUGUGCUUGGGCUAAAUAAAUUAUGUAGGCAGCUGGGUUUAUUUAUUCAUUUUGUAUGCUUCAGUCACUGCAAAAUUAGCUAGGGAUGCUUAACAAAAAGAAGGCAGAAGUUGCAUCGCAGGUCGGUUGUAAUGUUAAGUGAAUUGUCAUGCUGUAUCAUGGUAGCAGCAUUUAGUGUUCAAAUAUUCGUGAACUGAUAUGUUAGUUUAUAUCAUAGUUGAAAUGGAGCCUUUUCUUCU